AUGAUCAACGCCGCUAGCAAGGCCGUCGACCAAGUCCAAAGUAUGGAGACUGCCGCUUCUUGGUGCCGGCGUCUUUACCAGAAAGGUAGCAUUUUUGACCUCGCCAUUCCCAAACUUAUACAGGAACAAUGGCUGUUACUAUUUUUUGCCUACUUUCGUCUCCGAGCCAGCCUCCUCAGCCGCGCUGAGCAUUUGCGCUACGAAGCUCUGGAGCCCGUAAUGCGGAUGCGACGAAGCGGCGGAUGCGACGAAGCGACGGCUGCGUGGGUUGACGCAUAG